UUAUGCAGCAAUAUAUCUUUGUCAUCUGCAUACGGAGUUUAUGUCUCUAAGUUGAUUCGAAAGUGUAGAGCAUUUUAUCAAACGAGAAAAGAGUGGCAGAUAGACAUGGUUAUCGGCGUUGUCCUGGUAUUUCUGCUUGUCAGUUGUACUGAAUGUUAUGAAAAUUUAGCUCUUAAUAAACCAGCAUGGCAACAGAAUCCCUGGCCAAAUAGACCAGUAAUAUGGGCAGCGGCCAAAGCGGUAGAUGGACAGUACUCUGACCGAAGAGCCUUAGGAGGGCAGUGCACAAUAUCAGACAACAAGAAACAAACAGCGGAAUGGAGAGUUGAUUUAGAGAGUGUGGUCAGCAUCAGCCACAUCAACAUCUUCUACAGGACAGAGAACUAUCCCAGUCCCGGCCUUUACUACGGUAACUUUGCUGGAUUUUUUGUGUACGUUUCUAAUACAACAAGAAGGCAGGAUGGCCAUCUUUGUUUCCAUGAGUUACAACAAGUGAACGGUACACCGACAGAGAACCAGACAAUAAACUGUCCUGUACAUGGACGUUAUGUUAUAUAUUACAACGAGAGGAAUCCGAAUGUAGCAUAUCCAAGUUUCUAUUCUACAUUUGCAUACAAUGACUUAUGUGAAUUGGAAGUUUAUGGGUGUUCUAACAAUGGGAUGUAUGGAGAGGAUUGUAACCAAACAUGUCCCGACAAAUGUCAAGAGCAGAGGUGUAACAUCACCACCGGCCAUUGUCUGGCCUGUAUACCGGGCUAUCAAGGUGCUCGCUGCAGUCAAGCCUGUGAUCAGUAUAGCUAUGGACUUGGAUGCGCUUUAUUAUGCGGUAACUGCAGUGAUGGAGACCCCUGUCAUCACGUGAACGGGGAAUGUAUAAGUGGAUGUAGCGAAGGGGUGACAGGGGAGAAAUGUCAGACUGAAUGUUCUACGGGGUUUUAUGGGAAGAAUUGCAGUCAGAGAUGCAGCGAGAACUGCUUUGUUACAAAUAGAUGUGACCGGUUUACCGGGGAGUGUAUGGAGAAAUGUAUAGCGGGUUGGGAGACACCCAGAUGUACACAGAAAUGUGAGGAUGGUACGUAUGGUGAUGACUGCCGUCAGAUCUGUGGUCACUGUUUUAACGAAUCACAUUGCAAUCACGUGAACGGAACAUGUGGAGAAGGCUGCUCUCCUGGAUUUCAUGGGGCGACAUGCAUGAAAGAAUGCUUUGCCGGAUACUUUGGUAUAAACUGCCAGGAAAACUGUAAGGCUUAUUGUGGCGGAAACAAAACAUGUAACGUCAUCACCGGUGUUUGUGACGAAGGCUGUAUUGAGGGGUUAACAGGAUAUCUUUGCAGUGAAGGAGUUCUUCUUAGCAGAACUGUGUCCAACAACUGUGAACCCAACACCACUAGUAUCAUUAUUAACAUUGUCAUCUCUUUAUUCCUUGUUCUGACUGGAAGUAUUCUUAACUUUAUCAUAUGGAAGAGGAAACACGGUGAGUACAUGUGUUUAUUUUUUUGGAAUUAACGCUUUUUGGCAAUAAAGACUAUGACUCGUUGGUAAAAAUUAUCAGUAAACUCAAUUCAGUAUCUUCAGUAAUACUUACACAUGUUAUCUUAAAUAGAGUUUGAAAGUGCUUAAUUGUGCCACAUGUACUACUUUCAUUUGUAAUUAAGUAGAUAUUUCA